AUGACAUCCCAAUAUUUGAGAAGCAAGCUUUCAAGUUUCAGGGAAUAUAUAACCCCCAUCACCCACCAUUCCACAUUCACCACGACUGGAGAGAUAACCCCUGCUGAGUUUGUCCAAGCUGGUGACUACUUAACAUAUCGAUUCCCCACUUGGCAAUGGUCUCCUGCGGAUAAGGAUAAGUCUAAAGAUUUUCUACCACAUGAUAAGCAAUUUCUAGUUACUCGCCAUGUACCUUCCUAUGUUCGUGCCUCAGAUUACGAAGUUUGCGGUGAAGUGGAUCUCGAGGUCGACGAUAAUUGGGUCGCUGCAUCGCCAACUACAACAACUUCAAAUGAUGUGGUUGAUCAGGGUAGUGUCAAGGAGUUAUCCGAUGAUGAUCCUGAAGUUGAAGACAUUGAUGAGCUAAUCGACGAAAAUGCCGAGGAUGUCCAAUUCUUGGAUUCUAAAAUUUCAAGAAGACCCAGUCAGUCAGGUAAAAGGUUCUAUGAUUUAUAUAUUAGCUACUCGACUUCCUACAGAGUGCCUAAGAUGUACCUAGUUGGAUUCGAUGCCGACAACGUGCCGUUGACUCCAGGACAAAUGUUUGAAGAUAUAGCCAGUGAUUAUAGACAUAAAACGGUGACUAUUGAAAAAUUACCCUUCAUGAGGAACACCACCUGUGUGUCAAUACAUCCCUGUAAACAUGCAAAUGUUAUGAAAAUCCUAAUGAGGCAUGCAAUCCAAUCAAGAAACGCACAGAAUGAAAAUACACAACAUGGUGACUCUGAUGAUGAUUGGCAGGACCUAUCAGGUGAAGGAAUAAGAGUCGAUCAGUACCUUGUGGUUUUCCUCAAAUUUAUGGCCAGUGUUACACCUGGUAUCGAAUACGAUUAUACUAUGGAUGCAUUGUAG